GAGACAGGCUGCGUGAUUGAGGGGGGAAAGUGGCUGCAAAUGUGAACAAGGCGAUGGAUGGCUGUGAACACGUCACCGGGAAAAUCAAAGCUGCUCUUUCGUAUAAAACGCUUUAAGUUUUAAAGGUGAAAAGUGCGAGUUUUUUUCGUGCAGAUUCUGGCCUCCGUUAUGUAAACAAGUGAUGUUACUGUAGUCAUUUGACAUUAAAGGAAUGAUUACGUACGUGUAUGCUUUAAAUUUAGGUGGAUUCAAAUCGUUUUGUGAUCACUUCACAUAAAGAGGUCGGGGUCAUCUUCAUAGCCUGCAUUUUCCCCGGUUCAUUUGCACCGCAAAUCAGCCAGGGCACACGGGAAACGCGUGCGUCCGCGCACCAAUUACGCACAAGGACGCAGAUUAAACUCCGCUUUAAACGCGCUCGCCGCGAGGUGAGAUGUGCAAAAGUCGCCCGUGUGGGAAGGAAACGUCACACUCAACCCCUCCCGAUCACAUCCAGAUCUCUCUUGGAUUGGGAGUGUCAUCCGCCGACUGAUUCAGAUGCUGCUGCUGAGGAGGCGGAGUGAUCCCUCCUGCCCACUACCCACGUAAACCCAGCGCGCUCUCGGACCCGCAGCCACACACUGAGAGAGAGAAGCCGGAGAAGAAGCUCCAACAUCCAGGGAUUGUGCUCACACACUGCGCGUCUCCUUUUUGUGGGAUUUACUCUGUUUUCUUUCAUCUGCGACACAGCUCCGAGCCCUCUGACGUUCAGACUCUUUGGCUUUUCUUUUCUUUUUUCUUUUUUUUUUUAAACUCCACACAUGUAUUUCUCAGCCUUUUCGUCGAGAAUUGGGUCAUGAUCACAUCGCCCACGGUCUCUAUCCUGAGAAAUAGCACGAAUCCAGCUUGGCACAGCGGCUCCUCGGGAGACAGGGGCGCAGUGAACAGCAGCCGGCCGUCCGUCUACAACUCCGUCUCUCCCGCAGACCCUUCCCGUCAGGCCAGCCGCCUUCCCAUAAAGAUUUUGAAAAUGCUCACGGCACGGGCGGGACACAUUUUACACCCGGAAUACCUGCAGCCUCUGCCGUCCACUCCCGUCAGCCCCAUCGAGUUGGAUGCCAAGAAAAGUCCGCUGGCUCUGUUGGCGCAAACGUGCUCACAGAUCGGCAAACCGGACCCUCCGUCCUCCUCCAAACUGUCCUCCGUCACCUCAAAUGGAUCUAGUGACAAGGAGACCAAAUCCGGGCCGCUCAAAAUGAGCGACAUCGGUGCCGACGACAAGUCGAGCUUCAAACCGUACUCCAAGUCUGCAGAGAAGAAGGACUCGAGCAGCAGCGGCAGCAGCAGCCUGAGUGGAGAUAAAACCAGUUUCCGAGUACCUAGCGCCACCUGCCAGCCAUUCACUCCUAGGACAGGCAGCCCCAGCUCCUGCACCUCAGUGUCUCCACUGCCGCCUGAUGGCAAAGGAGGUGACAAGGAGGACAAGAAGGAGUCCGACAGCAAUAAAAGCAGUUCGUCUGAGAGCAACGGCAGCCACAGGAUAAGUGGGAUUACCUGUGAUGGCAGCCAGCAUCAGGAGAGCACGAGUGCUUCGAAAACUGUUACGUCAGACUCAGUAUCUGUAACCUCAUCGUCCUCGUCCGUCCUCACCUCCGGACUGGUGGCCCCUGUUUCGCCCUACAAGCCCGGUCAUGCCGUUUUCCCCUUGCCACCUGCUGGUCUCUCCUACCCUGGGAGUUUAGCAGGUGCGUACGCAGGUUACCCGCAGCCGUUCCUCCCUCCUGGAAUGACCCUGGAUCCCACCAAAUCCAGCAGCCAGCUGUUGAGCGCACAGUUUGCUGCAGCCAGCUCACUGGGCUGCAGCAAAACAGGGAGCAGUCCCUUAGCCGGAGCGUCCCCUCCGACUCUCAUGUCUGCCAGCCUGUGUCGAGACCCCUACUGUCUGAGCUACCACUGCACAAGCCAUUUGUCUGGUGCGUCCAGCGCCAACUCUGCACAUGACUCUGCAGCCGCCGCCGCUGCCGCCUCCGCACUCAAAUCUGGAUACCCACUCAUGUAUCCCACGCACCCUUUACACGGUGUGCACACUACUGCUGCGUCUUUCAGUGGACACCCCCUGUAUCCUUAUGGCUUUAUGCUUCCCAACGACCCCCUCCCACACGUGUGUAACUGGGUGUCUGCUAAUGGACCUUGCGACAAGCGCUUCUCCUCCUCGGAGGAGCUCCUAAGUCACUUGCGGACUCACACGGCCUUCGCCGGCACAGAGAAGUUAAUAUCUGGGUACCCGGGCUCUUCCUCUCUGGCCAACGCCGCCGCUGCUGCUGCUAUGGCCUGUCACAUGCACAUGCCUCCCAGUGGCAGCCCAGGCAGCCCCGGCACGCUGGCCCUCAGAGGGCCCCACCACCCACUCGGACUGAGCAGCCGCUAUCACCCCUAUUCAAAGAGCCCCCUGCCUGGUCCCGGCGCCCCGGUGCCAGUGCCUGCAGCCACCGGACCCUACUACUCCCCGUACGCCUUGUAUGGACAAAGACUGACGACAGCAUCAGCCUUAGGAUACCAGUAGAGACAAAGAGUUAUAGCCCACAUUUAUAAAGGAGAUUUAGGCCCAAUGAGUUUUAUAUUGUACUUCAUGCAGGGACUGGAUCCAAAUGGGGAUCACUGUAUUUAUUUGCGAUAGCUUCAAGCGUGACUAAAAUAAAAAAAGAAUUAUAAUAUUA